AUGGCCACUCUCAACUCCUACCCAGCUUUCUGGAGGCCCGCGGCCCUGCCACUCUUCACAGGCCUUCUGGCUCUCCUCGGCGCCGCCGACGGGGUCUUCAACCUCGCCAAGCCCGAAAGCGGGGCCGCGACGUUCGGCCUCGUCCCACCGCGCCGGGACUCACUGACACCCGCUCAGUUCGACGCUUUCCACCACGCGCUGAUCAAGGUCAAGGGGGCUCGGAACUUGCACAUGUCCUCGUGCAUCCUGGCUCUGGUCCUUUACGGUCAUUUCUCGGACGUCUGCCGUGUGUCGCCGAUGGCUGCCAUAGCGGUGCGGCGUUGUGUCGGGAUCGUACUGACGCUGGGCGCAGGCGUGGGGUUCAGCGGCGCUGCUGUGGUCAUGGAAUAUCUGAAGAGCCCGGACGCAUCGCCAGAGGUUGCCGAGGUUGGGAAGGCAAAGGCGAAGGCGCAUUUGAUUACGAAUGUGCCCAUUGUUGCUCUUGGCUUAGUCUACUUGUUCUAUUAG